AUGGCCUGUACUGACACCGAGGUUCUGUUGUUUGGUUUCCAGUCCAUAGCCGAGACCAUCGACGUGAACUACUCUGAUGUUAUUCCUGGUCUUGUUGGUUUGAUCCCCAGAAUCAACAUCAGUAAUGCAAUGCUGGCUGACACGGUCAUGUACACCAUAGGGUCACUGGCUGAGUGGCUGGCUGACCACCCGGUGAUGUUGGGAGGUAUGCUACAGAUGGUGCUGCGGGGUCUCACCAAAACGGAGCUGUCUGUGUCCAGUAUCUCCACACUCAAGAGAAUCUGCAGGGAGUGCAAGCACGACCUCGGCCCCUACGCUCAGGACAUCAUCACGGUCUCACAGGAUGUGCUGGUGAAGGAUGUUCAUAAGAGCAGCCAGUGCAUGUGGCUCAUGCAGGCACUGGGUCUCCUGCUGUCUGCCCAGCCCACAGAGGAGAUUUUAGGCAGUCUGCACUCCAUCAUCAGCCCUCACAUCCAUCAGCUGGACACUCAGGCUCAGGAGGAGCCCAACCCCAGUAGCAAACAGAGCAUCAUCCAAAUCCUGGGGAUGCUGUCCAGCCUUUUUAGCACUCUGGACUUGAGCGGUUGUGCAGGAGGCUCAGAGGAAGCGGCCAGUACCAGACUCACACCCCCACAGGAUGCACAAAACCCAGUUGUAGUUGUUCUGCGGGAGGUGUUCUCUUUAAUUCAGACCAUCCUCAGCAAAUGGCUCCAUGACUCAGAGGUGGUCGAGGCAGUGUGCGGCAUGUUUGAUAAAUCGGUCAGAACUCUCCUGUAUGAUUUCGGCCCACUGGUGGCUCAGCUGUGUGAGAUGUUAAGGUGGAUCUACAGCAGCUUCCCACAAGCUUCUGUCCUGGACCUGACACGUCAGUUGGUUCAUGUUUUUGCUGGAGAGGAACGUCACAUCUUGGAUAUCAGAAACCUCCUUGAAGUCCUGACAUCAACCACGUUUUCCAUUUUUCAACAAGGUCCGAGGGAACAUCCUGAUAUUGCAGAAUCAUUUAUGCAUCUUCAUGCAAAAAUUCUUAAAAGGAGUCCUGACUUGUACCAGUCUGACCAGUUAGAUGUGGACACCCUGUUUUACUGUGGGAUCCUGUCCAUCAAGUUUCUAGAGACCCCCACAGUGAAAGCUGCAUGCCUCUUCUUUACAGAGUUCCUGUGUCACUGUAAUGACACGGCCAUUCUGGGUGAUGUGCUGCAGAGGAACGGAAAGCUUCUGACCGAGGCUGUGCUCCAGGCGAUAGGAGGUGGUUCCUCCCGCAGCCUGACGGAGCACUUCUCUGACGUGCUGCUCAGUCUGAACAAACAGUGUCCGGCCUUACUGUCCGAGUGGAUGAAAGAGACCCUGCAGAACCCAGGGUUCCCCUCAGCUCAUGUGACCUCAGAGCAGAAACACACCUUCACCCAGAAGAUCCUGAGGCAACAAACGAACAAGCAUCAAGUUAAAGAGAGCGUGAAGGAGUUCGCUCUGCUCUGCCGGGCCCUGCAGAGGUCCGGGUACUCGGAGUACUGAGCCGACGCUCAAGUGUUCAGCGCAGGGUUCUCGCGCAUGUUCUGCUUGGAACGUCAAGAUUUUUCCAAACCCACAUUUUAAUAAGAGCGGUUUGAUUUUAAUAUUUGAGGAACAAUUAGGUACU